GUUAAUAAUUUGUGUUUCAUAAAAGCAGCCCUGCGUGGUUGGAAGGCGGAUGUACCAAUAAUUUCAUCCCUAGCAUAUUCAUCCCCGAGGAAGGCAGUCGCCAAAUUCACCGAAGGUUGUUUACUGGUUAUAUUGUGCUGUAUGUACUGUGCUUGCGGAAGAUGAUUAGAUUCCAUAGUUGUGUCUUUAAUGUGUCCACAGGAGAAGACCGGUUAAUACGUACUUGUAGUAAAAUAGAGCGAUCAUUUCGUAAUUUCUACAAAGACUUUUGGACGCCGAAGCCUGUAAACAGACCUCCAUAUGAACAUUUCACUCAAGUGGGCGAUCCAAUUUUGCGUACUAAAGCCACACAAGUACCCGAUGGACUUAUCGGAAGUAAAGAAGUUACCUAUAUAGUGGAAAAAAUGGUCAAAGUAUUAAAGAAAUUUGAUUGCGUUGGGGUUGCAGCUCCUCAGGUCGGGAUAUCGCUCCGCAUAAUUGUCCUGGAGUUUCGCGAAGGUCUGAAAGAUAUCCUGCCAAGACCUGUUUAUGAAGCGAGAGAAAUGUCGCCACUUCCGUUAACGCCACUCUGCACUACGCUUUUUCAAGUUACACUUUCGAGGAACAUUCUGCUUUGUAAUUAAGUAUGUAUAAAGAGGUCAACCAAAUAAUUUUUGAGCAAAAAAAAACGGACUUCAAUUC